AUGGACGACAUACCACAACUCGUGACAGAGCUUCCUGCCGAUGGCACGAUCCCCUCCGAACGCAGCACGGCUCCAUCCGUUUCCUCGUCAGACCCUACCCGCAAGAUCCCAGUCACCAUCAUCACCGGGUACUUGGGGUCAGGCAAGUCCACCCUCCUCGAGAACAUCGGCAAAACGUCCAAGAAGAAGUUGGCCAUUAUCCUCAAUGAAUUUGGGGACUCGUCAGUUAUUGAAAAGUCCGUCACUAUCAAGGAUACCGAGAAAAGCGAGUCCAUCCAAGAAUGGUUGGAUCUUGGAAACGGAUGCUUGUGUUGUACCGUCAAGGACAACGGAGUAGUGGCAAUCGAACAGUUGGUAGAAAAGUCCAAGGACAGAAUCGACCAUAUUCUCUUGGAGACCACCGGAGUGGCCGACCCUGCUCCUAUCGCCAAAAUGUUCUGGCUCGACGAAGGCUUGUCCUCCAACAUCUACAUCGACGGUGUGGUUACUGUCGUUGACUCCGAGCAUGUGUUGAAGUGUUUGGACGAUGUCGGAGGCCAUUGGCAUCGGGAGAACAACCAUGUAAAAAAUGCACAAACUACAAACGUGGAGGACUUAACCGAGGAGGAAUUGCAACAGGAAGAAGAACAACUCCAAGAAGGUAUCACCACCGCUCAUCUUCAAAUUGCAUUAGCUGACACUAUCUUGAUCAAUAAGUAUGACAAGCUCCAGGAUAAGGAGAAAGAAGUGCAGGCAAUCACUGACAGAAUUAGAAGCAUCAAUGGAACUUCACCCAUCUACACAACCAGCUUUGGAGAUAUCGAACUUGAUCUCAUCUUGGAUCUCCAUGCAUAUGAGGGAGACGUUACUAAGGUCAGUAAAUCAUUGUUAUCUAAUUCUGCCAGCUUCCACGAUUCUCGUAUUUCCACCGUUACUUUGGAGUUUCCUUUCCUUGCAAGUGAAGAGCAGUUUGAUCAAAUAGAGUCAUUCCUCCAGUAUAUCUUAUGGGAAAAUAAGAUCAAUGACAAAGAAGUUGAGAUCCAUCGUUUGAAGGGAUUAUUAGUACAGAAAGACCCAGAGAUCGUCAAGGUCGUCCAAGGAGUAAGGGAUACUUACGAUACAAUCGAGGGAGGAAAACUUUUGGAUGGUGUGAAGAGCAACAAAUUGGUGUUGAUUGGCAAAAAUCUCAAUCAGGAGGACCUAAAGAUAGAGUUGUAUAAGUACUUGAAGUAGGCGUCAUACUUUCUCAACAAAUUAUAAACAUGAUUCAGUGGAGGAUUAUAUAUCACGCAAGGUGCAUGUGGUUGUCAAAAUUUGCAAAGGAAAAUAGCUAUAAAAUAUCAGCUCUAAGCACCUUCCCUCUAUUAUAUUAUUGCAUAGCUGAUACUAUUCUUGAAGACAUUUGCUAUUCGCAAGUAAAGAAUAUUCCUGAAAUCACCAAGCACGUAUUACUACAUUUCAGCACACUAUAAAAUCAUUGAACAUGGGCACCCUUCAGAUCAUUACGUCACCGUAGCUCUAAAUAGUUAAAAAUGAUAGUUCAUAAUAUAAAU